UCAAAGACACAAUAUCUUAGGGUAAGGGUACGAGGGUACUACCCAUGGAGAUGAUGAAAGGCCGUGAGGGAAUUCCCGCUAAUCCUCCAAUAUUCCACUUUUGAUACGGACGAUACCCCGCACUAUUCGACGGGCACGAACCUCGGGGGUGGAAAUCGCGAAAAAAACCAAACAUCGCCAAUUACUGCUUGUGAUUGGAAUUCAGGUUUUAAUAGCAGCGGCACUAGCAGCAUCUGCAUGAAAGAAAAACUCGGUCCAUUGGGCCUUGCAUAACUCCGAAUGCUUCUGAGGCUGUAUGGCAUGCAAGCGUAACAUCUUUUCUUCAAAAAUCAUCUACAGCUUUGAUUUCUUCAUCAAAUUCGACUUUCAGCGCCAUUUAGAAAGCUUUCCCAGCUUAUAAAUGAGAUAGUCGUUUUCAAAAUGCCUAGCGAAUAUCAGGGCAUUCUUGAUGUUGGGUUUAUGGAUGAAAUCAAGACAGACCAGCCAUUAUUGUCCCCAAUCGCUACCAAAGCACCUGUGAAAUACUGGAAACCGAAAAGGCUAUGCCCGGAUUUUAUAAAGCCUUCAUUUCUAAGCAGGACCAGAGCACCGGCAAAACCGCUCCAUGCAACGGCGUGGCUUGACGGGUUGAGAGGUUAUGCAGCAUUCUUGGUGUAUGUUCUACAUCAUGAACUAUGGGCCCACACCUUAGUAUAUGGCAAUUGGGUCAUGGAGAUGGGUUUUGGCUAUGAGAAAAAAUACUAUUUGAUUCAAUUACCUUUCCUGCGAACAUUCUUCACCGGUGGCCAUCUCGCUGUAACCACGUUCUUUGUUAUUUCAGGAUAUGUUCUCUCGAGAAAACCGUUGAUGCUCAUUCAAUCAGGAGAUUUGGCAAAGUUUGGAGAUAAUCUUGCAUCGGCAUUAUUCAGACGCUGGAUACGGUUAUGGCUCCCAGUGAUCGCCACGACGCUUAUAUAUCUCACCAUAUGGCAUAUUUUCAAUAUCUAUCCUGCACCAAGAUCUGAGCAUGAAGAGAAGUGGACCAGCGAGGUAUGGAAAUGGUAUCUGGAGUUCAAGAACUUCAGUUAUAUUUUCCGAACCGGAGGAGACCCUUGGUUCACCUAUAAUGUUCACGUGUGGUCAAUACCUGUUGAGAUCAAAGGGUCUAUCACCAUUUACACGGCACUUAUGGCAUUCUCGAGAUGUUCACGGAAUGCUAGACUCUACCUCGAGCUCGGUUUGAUAUAUUACUUCAUGUACAUUGCGGAUGGUGCUCACAAUGCAAUGUUUGUGGCUGGUAUGCUUCUUUGCGAUUUGGAUUUACUCGCCGAAAAUGAUGACUUGCCCGGUUUCUUCUCCAAGUUCGAUUCCUGGAAAGAACUCAUCUUUUUCAACCUUUUUAUCGCCGCCAUGUAUCUUGGAGGCGUGCCUACUUAUGAUUUGGAUCUUAAGGUAUUGCGAAACUCUCCCGGAUGGUAUUAUUUAUCGUACUUGAAGCCGCAGGCCGUAUUCGAUUACAAAUGGUUUUAUCUUUUCUUCGCCGCAACCUUUCUCGUGGCAUCUAUUCCUCGAAUUCCAUGGCUGAAGAGCUUCUUCGAAUGUCGAUUCUGUCAGUAUAUGGGACAUGUGUCUUUUGCUUUCUAUCUUGUGCAUGGACCUGUCAUGGUAAUUCUGGGCGAUAGAUUGUAUUCAGCGGUAGGCUGGUCAAAAGAAAUGUCUGAGGAGAUGGGGCCCUGGAGAAACAUCUUUCCAAUAUCAAAAGCUGGACCGUUCGGCAUGGAGCUUAGCUUCUUUGUUCCGCAUUUGAUUAUCUUGCCCGUUACUCUUUGGGCUGCGGAGAUUGUUACAAAAUUGGUCGACGAACCUACUGUUAGGUUUGCACAAUGGCUAUACAAGAAAACACUCGCACCAUCGCCUCGUUUGUAAAAAUAUGGGGCUGAAUAUUGGGUAUCGGUAUACUUGUUUUAGACGUUGUAUAAUUAAAUUAGAUGUCAUGGAUUGUGCCUUGGAAUGCAUGAGGAGUUUGAUUUUAGCCUGAUAUGUUCAAAAUGAAUACCAACAAUUGGUUUGCUGUCACAAGCUCAUGCCGCUUUUGCUCCUCUACCCCUGAAGCCGCGAUGUCAAAUCCGCAAGAUGCCCCGCGGAGUCCGCCAAAUGCAUCUGCAGGCAGGGGACGGACUACUGCAUAUGUAACUUCGCAAUAUUUUCCAACUUCGAGAGAAGAUUCCUUGCAACCAAAAUUAUUG